AUGUCGCCGGUGGCUUUCGCGAUAUUGCUAUGGCCGGCAUGUCAAGCCCAAAGCGGACUAGAUAAAGGGGAUGGACUGGAGCCGGAAAGGCCCAAUGAGGAAAGGCCGGCCCCAAGCUCCUGCAAGGAGAGACAAAGCAACGUCGUCAUCGGUACCAUAGUACGGUUAUCGGCAGAUAUUAGUGUUAGCGAAGGUAAUACCUCGUUGGUACUAACUAAGGCAUGGAUGAGGUAUAUCCUGCUUGCGUGA